CUUCAAUAUUAUUAUUACAGAUCUUUCUCCUUUUCCCAUUGAAGUUUUCACCUUUACUUUCUCUACAAACAUACCCACAAGCAAAAAGUGACUAAGAAGAUCUAAAAAGCAAAAAAGGAUCAAGUUUUUAGUACAUUUGAGUUGUGUUUAUUGUCCUCAAAGCGGUGUAGCCUUGUAUUUUAAUUGAAGCAAUGGUUCUUGGGCUGAGGUCAAGGCACAAAAAGGGUGCUUCUGUGCAAGUUGAGUACGUUAUUCAGGUAGACGAGAUUAAGCCUUGGCCUCCAUCACAGUCCCUGAAGUCUGUUCAGUCUGUGUUACUUCUAUGGGAAAAUGAUGGUCAGAACUCUGGGUCUAUCGUGUCUAGUGUCGGGGAUACCAACAUUGAAUUCAGGGAGUUUUUCACACUUCCAUUAACUUUAUGUCGAGAAAAGAAGGCCAAUGACAAAUUCCAGAAGAAUUUCUUGGACUUUUAUCUGUAUGAGCUUCGUAAGGAUAAGACAACCAAAGGCCAACUUUUGGGGACGUCUGUAAUAAAUCUUGCGGAUUUUGGACUGCUCGAGGAGAUUGUAUCCAUUUACACUCCACUCAACUGCAAGAAGAGUUCUAAGAACUCUGAGCAACCAGCUCUAUUUGUUAACAUACAUCCUGCUGAUAACAGGAGUAGCUCAAAUUCAUCCCCUAAUGUUAGCAUAGGGAAGCAACGUCUAUCCAUAGAACAGGAUGGGCAAGGAUCUGUUGCAGAUUCGGUGAAUGAGAAAAAUGAUGAUGAGAGUGAGAUUGCAUCUUUUACUGAUGAUGAGUCACCACAUUCAUCACAAAAUGUUUCUGAGGCUUCACCAUCUCAACAAGGGAAGAUUGCACAUGAAUCCAUAAUUGAAAACUUGCUGAGGGACGAUCCAGAACCUGAUCUACUUUUUGGACUGGACUCUGCAGCAAUGCUCAUGGAUUCUACCAAAAGAAGUUCUAGAAAACCAGCUAGUAAUGUAGCUCCAGAGUUGUCAGGCGGCUUAUCUUUAAACAGAGAGCACUCAGUGAACAAUGCCACUUCUUUGUCUAAAUUUUCUGAAAGAAGUAUGACGUCAAUACAGAAGAAGCCUGCUUCUCAAUUAACAGGAUCUUCUUCCUCAUUCCAUUAUUUUGGAGGUAAAUAUGGGAAGGCAAGUAGCUCUGAGACAGUCCUCGAGCAGCAAAUUCUGAUGCAUGAUGUUCAGGAAGAUAUUGCUGACAAGAAAGGCCUUCCUAAAGAUGAUGUCAAAGUCUCAGCAGAAAAUGGUCGCGGCCAUAGAUUUCCAUCCACCAUCGACCAUCUCGAUGCAUCUAUUGAGGGUAGCUCUAGGCCAGCCAGUUCCAAUUCUGAUCGCCGUCAAGACUUCCAAGAUAAACCGAAGGUCCAUGUUGAAAGUAAUGCACUCAAAGAUUCACAUGUUGGUGUGGUGAAUGGAAAAGAAAUGGAGUAUCUAGAGAUUGAGGAGGAUGAGAUCUUGAAGGAGAUUCCUCAUUUUUCAGAAAUCAAAUCAGAAAUCAGCAGGAAACGCAGCACUAUGAAGGGUGAUGCUCUUAAUUCGAAUAAAGUGCUUGGAUUGCAGGGAUCUAGCAUCACCAAUGGUAAAUCGAAGCAUGUGAAGUCUCAUCAGUUGACUGACUUACCUAACAGAAGCGGGCUUCCUGGUAGCAGCCAGAAUCCAGAAAAGGCAACAAAACUGCAUGUUUCGGAAGAUGCUCGUUCUUAUGGUAAAGGUAACAAACCAAUGAAUGGAUCUCCUGACCGGAGAAAUGAAUGGAAGGCAAGAAUUGAGACACUUGAGGAAGAAUUAAGGGAAGCCGCAGCUGUUGAGGUUAGCCUUUAUUCAGUAGUGGCUGAGCAUGGAAGUUCUGCACACAAGGUCCAUGCUCCAGCGCGGCGCCUUUCUCGAUUUUAUGCUCAUGCUUGUACAGCAAAAUCCCGAGCUAAACAGGCUGGUGCUGCAAGAGCUGCUGUUUCAGGUUUAGUUUUGGUUUCAAAAGCUUGUGGAAAUGAUGUUCCAAGGUUGACUUUUUGGUUGUCAAAUUCAGUCAUGUUGAGAGCAAUUGUUAGCCAAGCUGCUGGAGGAAGGAAAGAAGGUGAUAGAUCAUAUGCAGAGAGCAAUAGGGGCAAAUCUAGUUUAAACGGAAGAUCGUUGAAAAAAAGGAAUGAGUUUUCUUCCAAUAAAGACCUCAACAAUAGUCUAACAGAUGAACUUGGUGACUGGGAGGAUACCGAAACAUUUAUGCUUGCUUUGGAACAAGUCGAAGCUUGGAUUUUCUCCCGCAUUGUUGAGUCUGUGUGGUGGCAGACUUUGACUCCGCAUAUGCAAAACACAGCUGCAAACUCUGGUGGAAGAUCAAUGAGCACAAGUGUUAAAAAAACCUAUGGGCGUAGGUGUAGUUUGGGAGAUCAAGAGCAAGGUAAUUUCUCCAUUGAGCUCUGGAAGAAGGCUUUCAAAGAUGCCUGUGAAAGGCUUUGCCCUGUCAGGGCAGGAGGACAUGAGUGUGGCUGCUUGCCGUUGCUGGCUAGAUUGGUAAUGGAACAGUUGGUGAGUAGAUUGGAUGUGGCCAUGUUCAAUGCAAUCCUUCGUGAAUCAGCUGAAGAAAUGCCAACAGAUCCAGUGUCAGAUCCCAUUUGUGAUUCUAAGGUUCUCCCAGUCCCUGCGGGGAAAUCAAGCUUUGGGUCUGGUGCACAACUUAAAAAUGCUAUUGGGGAUUGGUCUAGAUGGCUAUCUAAUCUCUUUGGAAUUGAAGACAAUGAUUUCUCAGGUGACAGUGAGGAUCUUGUUCAUGAAAAGGCACCAGGUCCUGCCAAGCCUUUCCGUCUCCUCAAUGCUCUAAGUGAUCUAAUGAUGCUUCCCUUUGAAAUGCUUGCUGAUCCACAAACAAGAAAAGAGGUUUGUCCUAUACUUGGUCCAACUUUGAUCAGGAGGGUUCUCAAUGGUUUUGUUCCAGAUGAGUUCUGUCCGAUCCCAGUUCCACCCGAUGUCCUCAGGGCACUGGAUUCUCAGGAGGAUGCGGUAGAUGCUCCUGAAGAGCCUGUCUCGACUGUCCCAUGCACUGCGUCUCCUACAUCAUAUUUACCCCCUUCGGUCAGGUCCAUUAUAACCUUUCUUGGGGAGACAGGAAACCAAUCUUUACAACGAAGCGGUUCAUCAGUACUCAAGAAAUCAUACACCAGCGAUGAUGAGCUUGAUGAAUUGGAUUCGCCAUUGACUUCAAUAGUAGCUGAUAGAUUCCGGGGUUCUCCUAAUCUAGCAAAGUUGAACUUGGUCUCCAAGGGAAAGGGUGACAGGAAUAUUGUUAGAUAUCAGCUGCUUCGGCAAGUUUGGAGAGACGAAGAACACUAAAGAAGAAGCCACGGUGGUGUAAAUAUGUAAAGGCAGAGUAAAUUUUUUGUUUAUUUGCUUUCUUCAGCUGCUAAAUGCCCAGAGAUGAACUUCAAGACAAUGUUUCAAGGUGAACUUCAGUUGUUUGAGUCUCCCACAUUUAAAAAAAAAAAAGUUACUUUUUGAAGUUCUCCAGGUCAGAUAAUAUUAUUCGGUUGAUUUCUUCC